AUGCGCGUUGUGCAAUCUACCGGAGCGCGAGAGGUAGGGAAGGGAGUCCUAAUGGCGGAGAAUGUACGGUCGCCUUUUGACUACCGGGAGCCACCGACCCUCGACAGCGACGGGGAUGGGAGCAAACCGCCGCCGCCACGGGGGCGAGUGUGUGGGAGAAAAAGGAAGGGGACACCUGUGAAGGUGUGUGACCGAGCGUAUGUAACAGAAGAUGAGGAGGAGGAGAGCAUGUCAGAACACAGCUACAGCCCUGGUGACGGGCAGUACCCAGAGGGUGCAGAGGACCGCCUCCCUCCACCUGGCAGUCCCUACUACCUGCCUGAUCCCACCCAGCUCUGUGUGCCAGAGUUGGGGGAGGAGGGAGCGAGCGGUGUUCGGGGACCCGUCCUUUUCCAUCCGCCACCCAACUGCCGGAUUCGAGAAGUGCACUGUGGGACCCAGGUGCGCUUGGUUGUCAUAGCAAUCCGAGACAUCGCCAAAGGGGAGGAGAUCACAGUGGACUACAGCCUGACGGACUGGGGCGAGAAUGCAAUGGAGGAAGAGGCCGGCCCCCACCCACUGUCCCUCUCUGUUUCUGAUUACCUUACCCCCUCCUGGUCAUUGUCACCCUCAUCCUCCCCACUCACCCACUCUGAGCCCAGUGACUCAGACCGCGAGGAGGACGAAGAGGAGGAAGACGACGAUGAUGAUGACGACGAUGAAGAAGAGGAAAUUGAGGAGAUAAGGGGCCGAAUGCUUCGCCGCCGCAAGAAGCGCAAGCUGCCCGCGGCAGUCAAUUCCAAGAAGAAGAGCACACCCACCUCCUCCAGAGGCCCUGGGCGCCCCUGCUCAUCCUUUUCCCGCCCGGCCCCUGUAGCACCCCCUGCCAGAUCCCAGUCCCAGCCCCCAGUCAGCGGCCUGACAACCCCGACCACCAACAUCAACAACAAUAUUAACAUAAACAUUGGCAGCUCUAGCGGCACCACAGUGAGCCGGCGGCAGCACUGCCCGUACUGUGGCCGCCACUAUCGCUCUCUGGCACGCCACCUGGAGAAGCACCAUGCCAAUCAGCCAGAGGUCAGGACAGCCAUGGAGCUGGCACACAUGCACAGCUCUUCAAAUGGCAGUGCCUCGCACCCUCACCCCUCAUCGUCCUCCGCCUCGGCAGCUCACAGUCAUUCCUUCGCUGUCCCUCAGCCCUCGGCCUCCAACCCUUCUCCACCUUCUCUCUUCUCCAGGGAGAGGGAAUCUCCAGCCACACGCUCGAGCACAGGCGCCGUCUCUUUCUCCCUCUCGCUUUCGCCGCCGCCUUCUGCUCAGCCUGCAGCCACCAAGAAGGGGCCUAGCUUACCACUGCCUAGCACAAAACGCCCCGCGCCCCCGAUGGUGGCACGAGUCAAGAGUCCAUCACCGCCUCCCCCGUCUACUCCCAGAAGGGGUCGGCGGAUGAAGAGAGAAAAGCAUGAAGAGCAGCAAAAGGUGGAGGUGGAGAGCUCGAGAAGCCAAGAGGAGCUGGUUCCACCUCCUACUCCAGAGCCAGACAUCGAUCCAGAUGAAGAUCUGGAGCUGAGUGGAGAUGGAGAGGAAGACGCACCAGAGGAGAAGAAUGGAGAGAUAGUAAGCACACAGAGACAUCACAUGUCUCCGCUGCUCUCCUCCCUCUCCUGUUUGGUCCUCUACCUCCGUCGCCAGCAGCACUCCUCCUUCCUCUCUCUAACCCGUUCUCCUCACUCCGCCGAGGCCUGGCGCCUGCUCUGCCAUUCCAGCCUCUCCCUUCUCAUCCUCUACAACCGCCACCGGGAAUGCGAGGUGGCCAAGCUCACUGUCCAGGACUACCGCAACCGUGUCACCCCCGUGGCCAGCUCCAGCAACAGCUCCCCCUCUGGCAUGGAAGCCCUGCUGUCCCCCUUUGAGCGCCAGGUCCUCUGUAACCUUCCCCGGGCUGGUGUUUUGGGCAAGCGUGGUCGCAUCCAGCCGCUAAUUCUCCUGCCACACUGUGAGUCCUGCCUGGACCUGCUCCUUCAAACCAGCCCUAAUGUGGGCGUGGACCCAGAAAGCCCGUAUGUCUUCUCCCGGCCCUACCACUCUCCUGCUACACCGCUAAGGGGCACGGACCUUCUGAGAAACCUGGCACGAUCUAGCGGGGCCAAGAACCCUGGUGCACUGACAGCAACGCGUGUGCGGCGGCAGGUAGCAAUACUUACUCAACUGCUACUAUUAGAGGAGGGCGAGGGCCAGGGGGGAGCCACCAAACGGCUGGAGGACUUCCUGGAACGAGAGUACCACGUGACCCAGAACUGCUCCGCUAUCAUACGGGAUCCAGCACUGAUGGGUCGUGUGGGUCGUGUUGUUCUUUAUGGAGAGAAGGAGGGCGUGCUUUUCAGAGGGAUGAGCCUGCAGCACAUCUGCCUCGAGUUGGAUGUCAUGUCUGGCAACUCAGCAGACUCCUUCUCAGAAGAUUCCGAGGCAGAGGAAGAAAAGGAGGAAGUUAAGGAGAAAGCUGAGGUGAUGGUGAAGAAGAAAGGACCAGGGCGACCACCACGGAAGAAGAGAGCGCCCAUUCCCACUCCAGUCAGCCCAUCAAUAGCCAAUGUUCAUAAGAGAAGAUGCAUUCCACCCAAAUCAGGGAAGCGUGGCGUGCUGAAGCGCCCCUGGUCAGAGGCCGAGCGUGUAGCAGUGGAGACUCACCUGAAGAGAAACCUCAUGGAGCUGCGAGUCCCCGCGAAGGCAGACUGUGAGCGCUGCCUCGAACUCUGCCCUCUGCUGGUGAGCAACCAGCGAGACUGGAGGGCUAUCAAGUUUUACGUCCACAACCGCAUCCAGCUGCUGAAGAAGCAGGGGAGGAGGGAAAGUGCCGCCGCGGUCUGCUAGGGCAAAGCAGAGGCACGGCAGAGGACUCAUACCAUAAUGUAGAAACCACCAGCAAUCAUAAUGAAGAGAAAAGGUGGAGUGCAGCUUCUCUUUUUCUUUUCUUUUCUUUUUGGGGUGCAGUACCUGAGUUUAGGUGCAUGCCCCGUCUCAUCGCCAUGGUCAUACGUGAGUAGUGUCAUAAAACUGACUAAGCUAAGAAAACAGAUGGUUUGCUCCAGUUAUGGAUCAUUCAUACUCAGUGUUGGGGAUGUCCAGUGUCUGUUCGAGAUGUACUUUUAAGCGUUGGGACAAGAUGUACUUUAAAGUGUGAAUAUGAGUUCAAACAAAGUGAAUGCUUUUUUAGACUUAUUUUUUAUGUCAUCCUUACUUUGUUAAAGGUAUACUAUGCAGGAUUGUCGGUUACUGUUUGUAAACACGCCGGCCAGCUAAGGUAAAUGUAAAAGCCAACCCCAGAUUCACUCUCGUUUGGUGUUUUGCCUCACUGUAUUUGCAUUUUUUCGGUGCUGUGUCUCUGAGAUGGUUGCUGCGCACAGUCUGGCACCUGGUUGCUACCUUUUCACAAAGCCCUGACCUUACCUGCCUGCUGUGGGGUACACGCCCAUAAACAUCCUGAGCACAGAAAAUAUGAAAACACAGGCAGAGGGCAGAGUCUUGCCAGAAAAAUACAGCGCAACACACUGUUAGUGGAUCAUAAAUGAUGAUUAAGAGGGAUUGCUUCUGUACAAGAAAAUCCUGCAUAGUAUAUUUUAAAAAGUUGAUAUUGGAGACAGCAGGAGAUACAGGAGGGAGAAGGUGACAUGAAACAAAUGUCCCUGGACUGACACCGAUCCAUGAGGCUGCGGUGUGUGUUUUAGACCACCGGGACACUCCACAGCAAAUGGUCCUUGGUCUAACAUUUGCUUCCACUAAAGGCUGACGACCAAACCUGAAUGUGUAAAGCUUUGGAAGAAGAAACCAAUGGUUCUGAUUUUUAAAAAUCCCCACAGAUAGAAUAUGUAUGUACGUAUGAACUUGUAUAGUUUGUGUUUGAUAUUGACUGACAUUGUGCCCCCCAACCCCGUGGCGCCCAGCUGACGAGCCUUUUAAAAAGUAUUCUUUGAAGUCUAGGACCAUGACGCACCUGUUAAGUGGUUCUUGCAUACCUCUCUUACCAUGGUCAUAGUCAGACUAUUCUGUAUCAAGGCACGCCUACUUGAAUUUAUUGCGUAUCAGAAUUUAAAAGAAGAAAAAAAAAUUCAGAAUCAACUUAUGGUCUUAUUCACAAUGUAAAUACUUCCUAAUCUAUGAAAAGUAUACAGUAGUGACGGCAAAGUUAGUAAUGUGUUACGGUGUAUAUACUGUAAAUACUACCUGUACUUAUUAAAGUGUAUGACAUUUUGCUGUGUUUUAUUAAACUGGAUUGUAAAGUGA